AUGUCCGCCGCCGCUAAGACUAAGGCCCAGACCUUGAUCAACGAGAAUGGCGUUGUCGUCUUCUCCAAGUCCUACUGCCCCUACUGCACCGCAAGCAAGAACUUGCUGAAUGAGCUCGGCGCGAAGUACACUACUCUCGAGUUGGACCAGCUGCCCGACGGAGCCGACCUCCAGGACGCUCUCCAGGAAAUCUCCAACCAGCGCACCGUCCCCAACAUCUUCAUUAGCCAGAAGCACAUUGGUGGAAACUCGGACUUGCAGAGCAAGAAGAAUGGAGAGUUGAAGGGGCUGUUGGAGGCUGCUGGGGCUUUGUAG